AUGUCUACCUCCGAGAAAAAGACGAUCCGCAUUGGCGUGCUUUACGAAGAAGUCCAGAUGUCUGAUCUUGUCGCCGCCGACGUUCUGGGCUGCCUCUCCGUGAAAUACGCGGAGGUGCUCGAAUCAAUGAUGCCGUCUGCUCUGGGAUUGCUCCCACUUUAUACACCCAUGGAGUUCUUAUACAUAUCGUCAUCCCUUGUUGACGAUUCGUACGUCACGCCUGAUAUGCACGUCAAAGCGACCCAUACCUACGCCAACGCACCCAGGGAUCUCGACAUCAUCCUUUUGGGCGGACCAGAUCCAACAAAGGUCAAAGAAGAAUCACUACAAUUCUUGCGAGAAGCAAGUAAACAGACAAAGGUUAUACUGUCGACUUGCUCGGGGGGCAUGUGGCUUGCGAAGAGCGGCAUAUUGGACGGAAAGAAAGCAACGACGAACCGUAUGGGGUUGCCUUUGGCCAAACAGUUCUUUCCCAACGUAGAUUGGCAAGAUCAGAGAUGGGUGAUCGAAAAGGGUCAUUUCGAUGGAGCCGAGAUUUGGACCGGGGGAGGUGCGGGAUGCGGUAUUGAUAUGGCUGUCGAGUAUGUGAAGAGGAACUUUGAUCGCAAGAUUGUCGAAUUCGGGUGUGCCGGGUUGGACUUUAGCACGAAGGACAAGAGUCAAUUCUACGAUGGGCCGGCACCUAGCUUUGCGGAAUUACUUUAA